UUGUUCAAAAUCUUCAGGAAAUAUUAGAAGACAUGUAUGCCGAUCUACCUGGUAUGCCAGCUUCAGUAAAUUUCACCGGAGGAGAUGAAUCCAGUUAUAAAGAAAGGAAAUCGAAAACCAUGUCAAACACAUCAAACGAAUAUAGGAGUGGCACUGGUAGUUCCUCAUCGCAGUUAUCCAAAACGAAUGCAGUAACAUCGGAGGUGAAUUUGUGUGGUGAGGAUAACGAUGACAUUGAACAAGAGAUUAUUGCUAAUAGUAAUGAUGGUCAUAAUGGAAACAAUAACAGACAAGUAUCAUCAGAUAAAAUGCCUUCCAUUAAUCAUGAGAAAACUAAUUCUGAUCGCUUGGUACUCCAGUCAAAAACAGCCCCGCCUACUCCAGCCAGUUUUGAAACUUGUAAAUCCAAUAGCUCGCCGAUGCCGGAAAAGGAGAUAUUUAUUGAGUUAUCCGAUGAAGAAGACAAUGGAAAUCAUGAUUCUAGUUUUGGUAACGAUCAUACUAGCCAGGAAAUAAAUAUAGAAAUGGACAAUAAUACUGCCGAUAGAAAUAAUGCUGGUGAACAGUGUGUAUUACCCACCAUAUCGAACCCUAUCCAUGGUGCUUUUAUUUACUCCAAUAAGUGA